AUGGAGUCUUCCUCCGCCCAACUAUCUUCGCAAAUUCCUGCCACUCCAGAAACUUAUGGCUCAGAGAUGCAGAAGUUGAAGGAACUCCAAUAUGUCCUAGCCUGAUCACAGAGAGCACUUGCCAGGUAUUCAAACCAUGGACCCCUGAAAUUUCCAGCCAGAAUUACUCAAAUCCAGAAGGCAUUGGUGGCCAUUAAAGAGGAUGUCUCCUUGUUUAGGAACAGAGAAUUUGAUGAUGCUGGCUUGAGAAAUGCUAUGUAUCAAGAUCAGGACAUCAGCUGGAGCCUUGAAAGGUUACUAAAAUCUACUGACUGCCUUCUAAACAAAUAUAAAGACUUGUUUGAUGAAAAUGUUGAGCAAUUAAGGAAGAUAGAACAGCAUGCAGAGAUUAGUCAUAAAGAUCUUUUGAGCAAAGAUAAAAUCCCAUCAGUCCAUGGUAAAUCAAGCUCUCUGAAUGCUGAAAAAAGUUUUAAUCAGAUGAACUCUCUAGUUUGUAAACCUCAAGACAAUUCCUAGUACUCUUAUAAACGAGCAGAGCUUUGAACUUCUAAUCGAGACCACCCAAAACCAGGGUUUAAUACCAACUGUAUGCAUUAAUAAAGAAAUACUAGAAGCUGAAAAUUUUGUGGAAUCGAAAGAUAAGAAGAUAGAUUGAAAAGUCUGGUCUUCAUCCGCUAUAAAUAUGAAGGUUCAGCAGAGUAAAUUUAAUAAAAAUAAAUGAAUAUGUAUUAAAAUGGAUGCAAUGAAAGAUAUAAAAAUGCUGAAGAAAAUGCAUGGUAUCCCUCUUCCAGAGUUUUCUUGAGUUAAAAUUCAAAAUUAUAGUAAAAAUAGAAAUUAUGCAAGAAAUUUUAUAGAAAGCAUUAAUCCCACAAAAUUAAGUACACUGGAAUUAGGAUCCAAAAGAUUGAAGAGUAUUCAUCAAUUUAUGCCGAUGAUAGCCAGAAGUAGUCACAUUGCUAAAACAGAGAUUUGCUUUAGAAAUUAUAAUAUCAAUGAACCUCAACUCAAGAGAAUAUUUGCUGCCAAUAAACUAAAAUUUAAUUGCACAUUUGAAGGCUGCAUAAUAUCUCUGCCUACAGUUCCAGAUCUUUCAGUUUGACUGAAAGGAACAAAGAUAGGAGAUCUUAAUUUCCUCCUAAGCUCUCCAAACCAACAAAGGCAAUGGAGAGAGAACCCAUAAGAAUUUGAGAACUUCGUGCAUGCUAUAUCAAAAUCAGAUUUGAGACUUACAUUACAAAGAUUUGUACUUAAUCAAAGAAGUUUCAGAAUGGCCUUUGCUGAAGAGGUAUUGAGAAAAUACAAUCUGAGUCAUGUUAUAGUCGCCGUAAGCUAAUACUAAAGAGACAAUUUACUCAACAAAGUUGGAAAACUGAUGUAUUUCUCUAAAUUCAACCAAAUUAGUUCGAC